AUGCAAAAGGCUGAUAAUGGAAUCCACAAGGAAUAUCUGCAACUGAUUGACAGUGUGCAGGAAAGUUUCUUGCGCCAUGAUGAUAAGUUGAAGCGUAUUAACCAAGAGAUAUGGUCCAAUCCCGAGCUAGGCUUCGAGGAGCAUAAGGCGCAGAUACCAUCAUGCGCCUUCUUUGAAGCUCUGGGCUCUGAAGGCUAUACAGUCCGCCGAAAGUGUUUUGGCCUUGAUACUUCCUUCGAGGUUGAAUACAGCAAAGGGACGGGAGGAGUCGUGGUAGCUUUCAAUGCUGAAUAUGACGCCCUUCCCGGGAUUGGGCAUGCAUGUGGGCAUAAUCUUAUUGCGACUAGUUCCAUUGCAGCUUUCAUUGCUGCUGUCGAGUCAAUGAACAAGCUUUACAGCGCGGGACUCUCUGAUGCUUUCACCUUGCGACUACUUGGAACACCUGCAGAGGAGAAUGGGGGAGGGAAGACCCAUAUGAUAGCCGCUGGAGCAUACGAAGAUGUCGAUACGUGUCUGAUGGUCCACCCUGCCGGAAGUAUGGGGCCUCUCGAGGCUAUGGGACUGCACGGCAUUGCUGCUCCCCCCGUUGGAGCUUUUCUGGCUAAUCAGAAAAUUGAGGUGACAUUCACGGGUAAGCCGGCGCAUGCAUCCGCGUUUCCAUGGGAAGGCGUCAACGCUCUCGACGCUGCAGUUGCAGCCUAUGUCAACAUUUCGAUACUACAACAACAAAUUCACCCGACACAACGUAUUCAUGGUAUCAUUUCACAUGGUGGCGACCGUCCCAAUAUUAUCCCGGCUCGGACCGUGAUGAAUUUUGAUAUUCGAUCAACGGAUAAACAAGGAUUGGAAGCAUUAGAGGAAAAGGUUCAGGGCUGUUUCAAGGCUGCAGCUCAGGCAACGGGCUGUGAUAUGGAGUACACGAAGUAUGUUUAUGCCUUGUUCGCUCCUUAUGUUGAGGACCCUCGCUCAUGGUCAAUCGAAUACAGAAAAGAACGAUAUCUUGACCUGAAAUCCAACAUGGUGAUGUGUAAGAAAUACGUGGAAGCGGCAAAGGCCUUGGGUAACGCUGUUUGGCUUGGAGGCGAAAGUGCUUCGCCCUCUGGGGCUUCCACUGACCAAGGAAAUGUGUCAUGUGUUACUCCUAGUUUCCAUGGGAUGUUUAUUAUCCCCACUGAGAAUGGCGCACAGCCACACACGCCUGAGUUUACCAAAUACACCGGAACAAUGGAAGCAUAUCAAAGCUGUUUGAACGCUGCUGCCGGAAUGGCUAUUGUCGCAUGCCAGCUACUUGCAAAUACGGCCCUGAUUGCUCAGGUUAAGGAAUUCAGCGAUAUGAGGCAGUAA